AUGACCUCCGAGGGAACGCUUGUAGAUCUGGACUUCGGAGAUACAGGCAGUAGUCACACGAUAAACGGACCCUGCAUACCGUGUCCUGCUGGCGAAGGAGUGUCCUUUGGCAGCGAUCUAGAACCCACAACGACGGUACAAACCCUCGAGCGUACGCACCGGGUAACGAGCAAUGGAGUGCGAAACCUGAAAGAAACGAUCGUAAACAACCACGGCCUACUGGCAGCCUCGUCGUCGGUGUUAUUCGGCGCCACCGUGGACGAUAAGCAGAGCGUGAACAACCAAAGUUCGUCGCGGUUGUCUACUUCCUCAGCUUCGACCGUGGCCACCACCGUCGUGGACGUCGGGGACGGGACGUCACUCGUACCGGACGUCAGCUUCGAAGGCAUCACGCUGGAUUCCGGCAUCGAUCGGGAAUCGCAACCCCUGCUGGGGUCGCGCGACCACGAGAUUACGUACAAUCAAUUUCCCGAUGAUCCCCACUUCAGUGAUUUAGUAUACUCGGCGGAAAUAGCUAUUGAUGCUAGCAUCUAUCCGGAGCGCAUCUACCAAGGAAGCAGUGGAUCGUACUUUGUCAAGAAUCCCGCCAAAAAAGUAAUCGCCGUGUUUAAACCGAAAGACGAAGAACCUUAUGGAAGGUUGAACCCCAAGUGGACCAAAUGGAUGCACAAGCUGUGCUGCCCUUGCUGCUUUGGACGCGCUUGUCUGAUACCGAAUCAGGGGUAUCUCUCGGAAGCCGGAGCUAGUCUAGUGGACCAAAAACUAAAUCUAAACAUCGUUCCGAAAACGCGUGUCGUACGGCUAGUUUCGGAAACGUUCAACUAUCCGCGUAUAGACCGGCAGAAGGCGCGCAUUAAAAAAACCAUCAAGGAGCGUAUUCCGGCGGCCCGUUUCAAUCGCAUGUCCCUACCACCGAAGACGGGCUCCUUUCAGCUGUUCGUCGAUGGCUACAAAGACGCCGAUUACUGGUUGCGCCGUUUCGAACAGGAACCACUACCGACGAGGCUAGGAGAAAAGUUCCAGCUGCAGUUCGAACGGCUUGUCGUGCUGGACUACAUUAUACGUAACACGGAUCGAGGCAAUGACAACUGGUUGAUUAAAUACGACCAACCGUCGAUUCUGCCGACGUCUCCGUCGGCAACCAGCCCGAACGGGUUUAACGGGCUGGCGAACGGUGUCAACGGCGGUGGGUACAUUCCGCGCAGCAGCAGCCGAUUGGAGAUGAUGGAACACACGGACUGGAAUCUGGUGCAGCUGCCAGAAAUCAAGAUCGCAGCGAUCGACAAUGGGUUAGCGUUUCCGUUCAAGCAUCCCGAUUCGUGGCGCGCAUACCCGUACCACUGGGCCUGGUUGCCGCAAGCGAAGCAACCAUUCAGUCAGGACAUCAAGGACCUAGUGCUGCCGUCGCUGUCCGAUUCGAACUUCUGCGAGGAACUGUGCAACGAACUGUACGAGCUGUUCAAGCAGGACAAGGGUUUUGACCGUGGCCUCUUCGAACGGCAGAUGUCUGUGAUGCGCGGCCAGAUACUGAAUCUAACGCAAGCUUUAAAGGACGGCAAGAGUCCUGUGCAGUUGGUCCAGAUGCCGGCCGUCAUCGUCGAGAGAUCAAAAGUAAAUCCGGGAUCGUCGAGAUUUUUCUCAUUCCAGCAGCGCUUCCAAAACAAAAGCCCAUUCUUCUCGUGGUGUUAGUGUAUCUUGGCUCGAAAAAAAACUAUUCGAAAUCAAAGCUGUGCAUCUAAAAGCGUCAGAGAAUCGUCAAAGCAGGUGAAACACUGUUUGAUAGGAUACCGAUCCUUCGACAGGAAAAAGCUCGAAAAACGGUAGCCUAAAUGCAACGGUUUGCAUGCGGUUGAUGUGCGUAGUUCUAUCGUAAUGAGUAAAUGAGCGUUGGUGUACUCGUUAAGCUUGAAAGUGCAGGUAGUUAAUUAAAAAAAAAAACAACUAAUACCAACAAUAAGUGAAACGGUACAUAUUAUAAAUAUAUACAUAUAACUAGGAGUAUUUAAUCAGGCGAAAUUAAUGAGAAAAUCCAAAUCACCCUGCAUACCGUGAUUGUUGGAGCGUAGAAAUCAGACAGAGAAACAUUAAACCACAACGAGCCCCUUUUCAUGUGAUGUGAGAGUUAAGGAAAUUCGGAGUGAUGUAUUCGGACACUUUCAUUCUCUCAGGCUUCGGAAAAGUCGGCACUUAGCGUUAGUCAGUAGCAUAACUUAUAGGUGUGAGUGUUUUGUUUUUGAAUUCCGGUUUCUACAUCCGGCGGAUCAGUGUGUACAGUGAAUAAUGUCGGUUUUCUGCCGGUUGAAGUGAGAGUUCUCUUGAUUUCAACUAGAGUUACUCGAAGAGCUGAGAGUGAAACGAACAACGUAAAAUUAUCAGUACGCGGUAACUGCAUAAUCAAGUUAUAUCCACUAGUCCCCUAUAUUUAACGCAAGUAAACGAUUAUCAAAAACAAUGUAACGCGACCUCGUAUCACUGCGCGAUCAAUGCUACUGCUGUACUAACGCAGUUCCCUCGCGGAGCCACGCGUAAUGUCUAGAGGAAGCUCUGAAAGCGAAGGGUCCGAUAGUGUUCAGACCAGAAUCAUUGCUAGGAAAAAACGGCAAGCAGCUAGUCGGGUAGAGCAAAGAAACACUUAGAUUAGUUUCUGUUGUGUUUCGCGUUCCUAUAAAGCCGUAGGAACAAUCGAUAAGAGCAACAAAAGGUCAUCCCCGGAGAAAACGUUGAACGUGAUCUACGGUGUGUUCGCCUGUGUGCCUGAGAGAAAAAAGGAAAUUGCCACGGCAAUUGGCGUAGAUAGAGUGCAAGGACGAAAUAAUAGGAAUUCACAAAGGCAACUAUGUUGUGCAAUUAGAAACAAAACUACAAUAGGCACGAUAGUACCAGCUGUUACAAUGCAGCGAAAAGUUUUAUGAAAAUAUCUCCUCUACCAAACGGUGGUAAUAGAAGAUACGCAUAUAUCUCACAUCAGAUUAUUUUCUUCUCUUCUUCAUUGCUGGCCAUUGGCGGACUUUUCUUUCUGUUUGUUCCUGGAAUCUGGUUUGUAAAAUAUAAUUGAAAUUACUAAU